UUCGAAAUUAUAGUUCGAAAUUUCCGACAACAAAUUAAUCAUCAUGUCGAAACUUCUCCGGCGAAAAAAUCUGAAACAACUCCUUCGAUUUUCUCUCUCCUCCACUUCUCUUCUGCCAUCUCCUUCAUCAUCUCAACAACACCUCCGCCAUUAUCACCGACACUCCCAAUCCCUUAAAUCCACCAAUUUCCUUUCAUCUCAUCCCCUUCCAGUAUUUCUCAAAUUAGGGUUAGGGUUUCAAGGUCGGCUCAAAUGGGAAGGAAGUUCCGACAAUUACGACCAAAUCAAGGCAGUCGUCAAUUGCCCUCGUUGUUCAAAGCAAAUGAAUAUCCUCUUCUCGAAUCGUCCAUUGUCAAUCACACCCAACGAAGUGGGUGUUUAUCAAGCGUUGAACAUUUGUGCUCACUGCAAAACUGCGUUUUACUUUCGGCCGUUUAAGUUGGCGCCAUUGCAGGGGAGUUUCUUUGAGAUUGGAAAGGUUGGAGGGAAGGAUAAGGAUAAGGAUGGUAUGAUGAUGGAAGGGAAGUUUGUGAAGGAUGAUGAUGAUGAUAAUAAUUGUGAAGAUGAAAAUGAGAAAGUUUCUAUGUGGCAGAAGUUGAGGUCUUAUGUCAGGGAUCUUCCUCCUUCUUCUUCAUCCGAGGGUUCGACGCUGCUUUCUGGGGAGAAUCUUUGGGCUGCUACUAGGGUGGAAUGUGAUAGUGUGCCUGGAGAAGUGCCCAAGGAAGGAGGAGGUGCGGUUGGGGACAGAAGCGGGCGGGGCGGGGCGAAUUUGGGGAAGAGUUUGCCCACGCCUAAGGAGAUUUGUAGAGGGCUUGAUGAGUUUGUCAUUGGGCAGGAACGAGCGAAGAAGGUACUUUCAGUGGCAGUCUACAACCAUUACAAGAGAAUAUAUUACACUUCUGAGCAAAAUCAGUCAGGUACAGAUGUAGAUGGCAAUGAGGUGAAACAAGAUGACUUUGAUCUUGUUGAAUUGGAGAAAAGCAAUGUCCUAUUGAUGGGUCCAACUGGUUGUGGGAAGACAUUACUCGCAAAAACAAUGGCUCGCUUGGUGAAUGUGCCAUUUGUUAUUGCAGAUGCAACAACAUUAACUCAAGCAGGCUAUGUUGGGGAAGAUGUUGAGUCAAUAUUGUUUAAGCUACUAACGGCUGCUGACUUUAAUGUGGAAGCUGCGCAGCAAGGGAUAGUCUACAUUGACGAAGUGGAUAAGGUUACGAAGAAGUCUGAGAGCUCAAACAUUGGAAGAGAUGUAUCUGGUGAAGGUGUUCAACAAGCAUUACUGAAAAUGUUAGAAGGAACAAUAGUAAAUGUUCAGGACAAGGGUGCUCGGAAGAAUCCCCGUGGUGAUAGCAUACAGAUCAAUACAAAAGAUAUUUUGUUCAUAUGUGGUGGAGCAUUUGUUGAUCUGGAAAAAACUAUUUCUGAAAGGCGUCAUGAUUCGUCGAUUGGUUUUGGAGCACCAGUUCGUGCUAACAUGAGAUCUGGCAGGACGACUGAUGCUGUGGUUGCAUCUUCAUUAUUAGAAAUUGUAGAAAGCAGUGAUCUUAUUGCAUAUGGUCUCAUACCAGAAUUUGUCGGCAGAUUUCCAAUUUUAGUGAGUUUGUCAGCAUUGAAUGAGGAUCAACUCGUCCAGGUCCUCAUGCAGCCGAGAAAUGCACUUGGUAAACAAUACAAAAAGAUGUUUGGCAUGAAUGAUGUCAAAUUUCAUGUUACAGAAAAAGCUUUGAAAUUAAUUGCAAGAAAAGCAAUGGCGAAAAAUACUGGUGCGCGUGGCUUAAGAUCAAUAUUGGAGACCAUUUUAACUGAUGCUAUGUUUGAGGUUCCAGAUGCCAAAACAGGAACUGAUCGAGUAGAUGCAGUUGUGGUGGAUGCAGAAGCUGUUGGAUCAGUUGAUGAUACAGGUUUGGGAGCCAAAAUUUUGCGUGGAGACCAUACAUUAAAACACUUUCAGCAAGAAACUAAAUCCAGUGAUCCGAUGAAGAAAAAUGAGAUAAAGGUUGAAUCGCCAGAAAGUGAUUUGCAGUUCGAGUGCAGAUUUAUGAGCUUGUAAUAUUAUUUUAAACCUCUUUUUCGGAAUGCUUUCUAAUGUACAAUUUUUUAAAGAAAAUCCGAAAGAGAAAUGUGUAUCAAUGUAUUGUGUUACCUUUGGGUUACUGUGAGGUAUAUAUGUGCAUUAUGUUAGCAAUUGUUUUUAAUUUAAUAGAAAAAUCUGUAUUAACGUUCCA